UUACGCCCCAGCGCGGGGUGUGGGAAGGAGGCAGAGUGUGAAACGCGCAGCCAGAAAGUAGGUCUGCUACCUUAAAAAAAAAAAAACACUCUAGAAAACAAGGUCCGCCCUUUCCCUCCUUCUCCCCACACACGCCCCGCAGACCCACACACACACGCACGCAGGCAGGAGACAGGAUUCCUGGUCCCACUGGCGGCCCUUUGUUUGUACGCGGCCAUGACCUGGGCUUCCAGCGGCCCCAGCACGGGGCAAACGUGCGGACUGGUGCUCAUCUUUGCGGUGCUGCUGCAAUCCAUCUGCGUGGCUAUUACUUUCCUAUACUUCACCAAUGAACUACAACAGCUCCGUGACACCUAUUCCAAAGGCAAUUUUGCUUGCUUCACCAGAGAAAACCUUUACCUAGAGGACUUGGAUCCAAAUUACAAUGAAGAUAGCGACCCCUGCUGGCAAGUCAGAUGGCAGCUCUCAAGGUUAAUUAAGAAGAUGAUAGCCAGGAACCGUGUGGAAGAAGCAGCCUCCUCGGGGAAAGGUUCCGCUGCAACGGAAAGAGAUCCAUCUGAACCUGUGGUGCCCAGAGCGGCAGCUCACCUAACCGCAAAUAGAAGCAGGAAGAGUUCUGUAACGCCGCAAGUCACAGAUCUGUCAUUCAGAAGAAUGUUUGGGUACAAAAUCAGCAACUGGGAGCCAUCCAAGAGAGCACAUUCCUUCCUCUACAAUGUAGGAUUGAGGAAUGGGGAGCUUAUCAUCCCCCAAACAGGCUUCUACUAUAUCUACUCUCAGACUUACUUUCGGUUCCGUGAACCUGAGAAUGAAGAGUUUGAUCCCAACCCUGAAUCCGACAGCGUCCUCAACCCCAAGCAAAUGGUUCAGUACAUUUCCAAGUAUACGGAUUAUCCAGACCCCAUCCUGCUGAUGAAAAGUGCAAGGACGAGCUGCUGGUCCAAAAAGGCAAGCUACGGACUUUACUCCAUAUACCAAGGCGGAGUGUUCCAGUUAAAAAGCAACGAUCGGAUUCUUGUCUCCAUCAAUGAUGAGAGCCUGGUGGACAUGGAUAAAGAAGCCAGUUUCUUCGGAGCCUUUCUGAUCUCCUGAAUAAAGCCCCUCACAUUUCUAAAUGAAGCAGGUUUGAAAUUCUGCGAAGAGGAAGACCACUGCAAAAUUGGAGCAGGACUCCUUAUUACCAGAUGAACCAGCACGAAGUGGUGGUCUUGCUGAGAAACAAACAAGCCACAGCCAUUAUAGCCUGUCAAGAAGAUCCAGUGUUGGUGAUUGCAGUGGCCUGGUUAGAAGUUGUAGCACCAUGCAGCAGGCCUGCCAGAUCUUUCUCCCCCCAGAUAGGUUAAUUUUGGAAAGGAGUGGGGGGGGGGGGGGAAUUGCAGAAGCCCUGUUCCAGAAAAUCACACUCACCCCCAGGGUGCAUGCCGCCCACUGCAUCUGCCGAUGGAGUGCAAAACAGGGAGCAGGAUGGAGUAAGACAUGGAGCUUGGCAUCCCUGAAUUAUACUUGCGGUAGGCAUGUGCUUUUCUGGAAUAGCAGGCUGUGUUUGCUAAUCUGGGGGCUGUUGCAUCUGGCUAAUGCAUCACACCAGGGUACGUCAGCCCAGGGACUGGGUGUAUGCAAGUUAUACACAUUGUGCAAAUGCCAAAAUUGUGCCGUGUUACACAAGAGUAAGCCCCACUGGAAAGGAGGGGGCGUCCGCUUGCAUAAUGUCGUCUGCACCAUUUUUGUGUUUGUGCAGUGUGCAUAACUGUCAUACACGCAGUGUUACUGGGCUGCUGUACCUUCGCGUGGUAUGUCAGCCUCUGAUGAUACAGGUGACCCUUGAAUUUUUUGGGUUGUCUUUCAUGGUUUUUCCUUUUUUGUGGGCAACUUCCUUGGACACCAGUUUAGUUAUCAACAGUGGUCGUUUUGUGUCUUUUGUGGGGGUUUCUUCUUUAACUUCUACAUUCCAGUCCUGUGAAUGAACAAAGAUACCCGCCCCCCCCCCAUCAUAACUAAAUUUGUGUACAAGGAAGUUGCCUGUGCCGCUGCUCAGGUGAGAAGUGACUGAGGAUAUUAAAGGGCUUAUUCCAGCUGAGAAGUGACUUGGGCUGUUCAAAGAGGUUUAGAUUUUAAAUUUUCAACCCUGUGCACAGCUUCUCAGCUGAGAAGCAGCUGGGAGAACUCCUUUAAUUUGUUAAAUCCCCGUCUGCUUGGCGCUCGCACAUCGAGUUGCUGAGCACCAUUUUGUGCAGAUCUGGUUUCUGCGCUAGAUCAACCCUCACACCAUGAAGUCAUUCGUGGGAGGUUGAAUGCUUGUACCUUCACCUCUUUGAGGAGCCUGUGCUACCGCUCAGGAACCUAACUCCAUUUUUCAGAGUUGGAUAGCCUGGGUUUAACAUUUGCUAAUUUAACUUUCAUGGAACAUUAACCCCAUGAUAUUAAAGGGUCUUCUGUAUCAAGGUGCUCAAAAACGUCGUGGUAGGCUUCCAUUGACCCACGAUGAUCCCCAGAACCUUUUGUAGUGGAGUGAUACCGAAAAGAGCUUAGCUACCUGUUCUGAAUUACCACAUGGAACAUCCCUUCUGGGACUGGGUCACUUCAGGUUGAAGAAGCUGCUUAGCAGAAGGCUAGAACACGUUGCUUCCCUUCCCAGAGUCCGAAGUGGUACAGUCCCAGGAAGGCUAGGUCAUGUGAUACUUCCAAACCUGUCACUCACCCUUGGGCAAUCUGUGUUGGAAAACAGAACUUGCAUCUCCUUUUGAUAUGUGCACCAUGAAUCGUAAUGAUCAAAUUGAUCAGAUUACCUCAGUGUUGUAAAAGACGCCCUAUGCGACCCAUUUUAGAGGCUGAAAACUGAUCUACUCGUUGAACUUUCAAGCAAGCCUACUCUUAUAUAAGAGAAGCCUUGCCUUAGCAUCUUUUACAAAAUAAUACAUGAACAAGAAAACAAAAAAAUCUAGCAACGCAAAGCAUUUCAGCAUGAACACUGGAGACCUGGGUGCCUUCCACAGCAAUCUGAGCUGCCGAAAUCAGCAGAUUAAGCACCAUGGAAGUUAAGAAUUGUCACCUUCUGAUGUCUGCACAACACACUUAAACAGCAGGGGCUGCUUUUAAAGAAAGGCAGCCCUAAUGGGAGCUGAUUCAAGUCCAUGAUGCUGCUGGGAUACUUAAAAGUUGCACGUUUGUGCUUCAGAGAGGUGAGCAGAUCUUGCAGUGGGGAAGGAAGAGAUGGUAUAGAAAGGUCACAGCACAGAGUAGUUCUGGCUACUCACUUGUCCACCAUCUUUAGUAAGUUGAAGCUUUUCCCACCACUUUAUUGAGAUGCCAGGAAAAUGUUCACCCCCUUAAUGUCCCUCUUCAGGGUUGACAGCUUUUUGACUGGUUCUUGUAACUAUGCCUCGAACACCGGCUUAGUGGGCUAACAGCGAGAGUGUGUUAUCUAUGCCAGGGCUGCACAGCUUCGGCCCUCCUGCAGAUGUUGGCUCACAACUCCCAUAAUCCUGGACCUUUUGGCCAUUGAGCCCAGAGAUUGUGGGAGUUGUGCAGCCUUGUUCUCUGCUGUGCCAAGCCUUGGGUAUAUCAAGCUGCUAUUUAAAGACACAGGAAUAGGCUGGGCCCUUUUUUCUUUUGUAGUCACCUGGCAGAUGUCUUUGAGAGGGCUUCUGUAUCUUAAGACUUGCUUUGAAGGGACCAUUCCAGCCAGUGUGGCUUCUUUGGUCAGUGCCACACGAGCUAGGUCCUCCCUUCUGUGCGGCUCCGUUCAAGAGCUGUUUCAAAGCCUGUCUCUGGCGACCUUAACAUUGACUAUUAGAAUCAUGCCUAAUCAACUGCUAGGCAAGAAUGGGCUGUUCAGGUGCAUUUUCACACCAUUGGGCAGCCUCUAUUCAUUACCGAGGAGCAAAGGAGCUUGGGAAUUGAAGGUUGCCAGGUGUUUCCCCUGGUGAUGUUUCCUGUUCCUUUAAGAGGCACUGUAUGGGAAUGCGGUCCCUGAUCACAUCCACUAGCCUGUUCUGUUGCCUGCUCUGUGGCUCAAGCCUGGACUCCAGCCUCUGACUUGAGGUGAGAAAGAAGAAGAUGGUGGACAAGGAAACCCAUUCAACCAGGAAGAGCAAACACCGCUUUCUUUGUGGAGUGCUUCAGUGCAGGCCUGCUCAACUUUAGCCCUCCUGUAGAUGUUGGCUUACCACUCCUAUAAUCCCUUGCUAUUGGCCACUGGCUGGGAAUUAUGGGUGCUGUAGUCCAAAAGCAGCUGGUGUGGGGGCAAAGUUGAGCAGGCCUGUUCUAGAGAGAUAGGCACCAUCUCUAGAUAAAGAACUGUCAAUAGAAUAUUGUGAGGCUGUUUAGACAAACUCUUUUUCUUUAUAGUAGUUCGAGGCUCUGAUUCAGGUUCCUUAAUGAUCAGAUUUAAAAAAAAAACAACUAUUGCAAGUUUAUUGGUUUUUAUUCAGUUGCCAGCUGCAUUGUAAAACCACGCCUAUACCCUUUACUCUUCUAGAGCAGUUCUUGAGUUUUGCCUGCCUUGUGUCUGGAGGCUCUGCCUUUAAGAGCUGUGUGGCAGGCAGAAAUUCAACAGGUGUUCAUGAUAUGGAACUGUGGUAAUGGAAAUAUUGUUUGUUUGAGGAGCCUGUUUUGUUGCUCCUUAUAAGAACUCGGGCUCUCUCCUUAAAAAGGUGGCAGCCCUCUUAGCUAUGAUAGUCACCACUCUGGGAGACUGCAGCAAGAAAAAUACCUGAGCUAGAGGAUUCCUUUAUGAGAACAGGUAAGUCACCUGUAUGGCAACAGGUAAGUCACCUGAGAAGCAGUACCAGUCAUACAUUACCCAAUUUUCCUGUUGCAGUUGGAUCCAUUGAAAUAAGGCAAGGUUCUCAGCCUUGAGUCUCUGGCUCUUGUGGGACUACAGUUCCCAUUAUCCCAGCCACAGUGGCUGGCCGUUGUGACUGGGGAUGAUAAGAGUUGUGACCCAACAACCGCCGGAGCCCAAGGUUGGGAUCCCUGAAAUAAGGUAAGGAGGCACAACCAUCCAGAUCUGCACACCUGCCCAGAAGAAAGCCUGCUCGGCUUGGGUAUUCUGCACUUGGCACCACUUUAAAUAUGUUGCAUGAAUGUAAGAAGUUGGUAGAGAUCUACUGCAAGGAAUCUGUUGACCAUACUUAAGUUUGGGGGGGGGGGGGAUGUGGAAAGCGACCCAAUGCAAGUCCGUGUUGUGAUCGCUCCUUGCCAUGUUCUCCAUGGGUCACUUCAACUCACUAAACUGGCCAAAGCUAUACUGGCCUCCUACACCCACCCUUCUUAAGCAGAAAAUUAGGGCAGGCUGACUCCAUAACAUCCAUCUCAGAGGAUGUAUUGCAGCUACAGAUAUAUCUUUUCCGAGAGUGCAUUGGGAUCUCAAGAAAACAGCAGAAUGGUAGAAAAGUGUUAAUCGUUGGUUUCCAGCAGUGAAUUUGUGUGGACUUAAGAUUUUUCAACACCUUGAUUAUCACAUGUAGCACAUCGUGUGUGUGUGUUUGUGUAUGUGUGUGGUUUUUUUUAAACACAAGCACACAUAUUGGGAAACUGAGGCAAAUUAGCAGAAACAUUACAAUUGUGUUUGGGUUUUUUUGUUUACCAAAGUGUACAUUACUUGCCACUUCUGAUCCUACAAAUUUUGUAUUUGUUUUUUUAUAAAAAGAAAUGACACUUUUUUUUAACCAUUAA